AUGCCGUCCCUCAAUAGUUGGUAUUGGCGCUUUCUCGAAAACUAUGUCUAUGCUGUGCCAGAGCCUCCUCCACGUCAACGGACCAAACCCAUGCAAGUUCUAUGCGUGGGCCCACCAAGGUCUGGGACUGAGUCGCUCCAAACUGCACUUCUGACACUUGGGUACGAUCACACGUAUCAUGGCUGGGACAUUGUAUAUGAGAACCCCCCUGCAGCAUCAAAGUGGGUACGGCUCUGCCGGAAGAAAUGGUUUGGAUCUGUUGAUGGAAAUACGAACAUCACCAAGGAGGACUUUGAUGAAAUUCUUGGCCAUUGUGUCGCAGUGACGGAUGCAGCGGCAUCCGUCUUUGCUGCCGAACUCAUUGCUGCGUAUCCUGAUGCCAAAGUGGUCCUCAAUUACCGUAAGGACCUGGACGCAUGGCAUGAAAGUGCUAUCAAAACCUUGCUCAGUGUUUGGGAUAGCUGGUUAAUCUUUGCGCUUUCAUGCCUCGGCAAGGAACUCUUUUGGGUGUGGCAUGUCUACAGGCGCUUUAUGUGGCCUGGGUUAUUCCGAGCAUUGGACGGCGAUAUUGACUCGGGAAUAGAGAGAAAUGGAAAAUGGGUCUACAAAGAACACUGCAACAUGAUACGAGGCCUAGUCCCAAAGGAGAGACUUCUGGAAUGGACUGUUCAAGACGGCUGGGAACCUCUGUGCAAGUUCCUGGAUAAGCCAAUUCCAGAUGAACCAUUUCCUCAUGUGAACAAAGCUUCGGGAUGGGAUGACCGUGUAGCCGAAACUAGUAAGAGAUAUAUGUGGAGUGCACUGCCAGGUUUGGCCAUGGUGGCCACUGUUACGGUUGGUUUGGGAGCUGUGGCCUACAAGAUUCUGCUUUGA